AUGCCCCUCAACUAUUCCAAGUGGGAUGCUUUGGAGUUAUCCGAUGACUCGGACAUCGAAUGCCAUCCAAAUGUCGACAAACGAAGUUUCAUUCGUCUCAAGCAGCGUCAGAUCCAUCAACAACGAGAUGAAAGGAAGAUCAAGAUUGAGAGUCUCAAGAAGGAGGGACCGAUGAACGCGGCUCUCCUAGAAAAGAUCCAGGAGCUUGUGGCGAACACUGCGAAAGGCGGAGCGGACCAUCUACGACAGACGGCCUCGAAGCUUUCAGCUGAGGGACAUGCCAAGCCACCUUCUUCCGAUGAACAACCAUCGAUAGACCAGAUGAUCUUCAAUCUGAUCUCGCAAAUUCUCACCAAGAUUAAAGACACUUCCGUGGCCGAUCAAGACGCCGCUGCCGAGAAAGAACUCAACUUCCACCUCACUCGACUCGCUGAUCGCGAAAAAAAGCGCAAGGUCGAACUGGAAAAGGAGGAAUUCGAGGCCCAAAGACAUAUCACUAGCGAGGAUAUUCACGAUGGAUUCGAUGUUUCGCACGUCGACAAAAAACCUUCAGUUGCCAUCGAUGAACCAAUCACUGCACCUUCUCAAUCCAAGUCGACCAAGAAGGUCAAGAAAACUAACAUUGAAGUGUUGAACCCCAAGGCCAGUGCAGCCAGCCCAGGACAAGACAGCAACAGCGAAGGAGAGUCAGAUGAUGACGAUGACGACGACGAAGAGCUGCCACGGCUAUCACCCUCAGCACAGAAAUUUGCAAAGAUCAAAUCAUCCGACUAUUCCUCUUCCCUCUCAGCUAUCCAAGCCGACCCUUCACUGUACCUUAACGAAUCAACAACUGAUGCGUUGCUUGUCGAAGCGUUCGAGUCGGAGAUGAAAGGCAAGAAAACCUAUGCCAAGAACUGCGUUCACCAAGGGCUAUUGUUGCAGUAUUGUCGAAAGCUAGGCAGAGACGGUGUCAGUCUCUUCUUCCGCAAGAUUGGCUCAGGUGAACCCAAGGCGAUGCAGGUCUUCAUAGAUGAUGUAAACUCGACAUACGACCGGAUAUCGAACCGAUGUGCGGUGAUUAUAGCGGAAAGAUCGCAGGAGCCAUCACAGAAGGAGCAAAUCCAGCUAGUGCCAACGAAUCCGACGACGUCGAUCACCUUCGAAGUGCCGGAGGGCCCGCCGCCGGAGAACUUAGAGCUGAAGACGGAGGACCCGGCGGAGGCGGACCAGUUGGAUGUGGAGGAGGUCCGCAAGUUCCUUUGGGACCGUUGGAACACCUUCAACCAGUUCCCCAAGAAGCUCCAAAAAGCGCUUAAAUCUAUGCAGCUCGAGCAGGUCAAUCAGGUCAUCGGCGACAUGGAUAUCCCCGAGGCUGAGAAAAUCGUCCAGGACCUCGACCGUGUCGGGAUCUUGUGCUUCAGUGAGGGCGGCAUCAUCGAUAAGACUGGGGCUGGAGAUGCCGACACUAGCGCUCUCGCUUCGGACCCCGCUGCAGCUAAUCCACAACCAACUGGCUCUAACGGCCAAGUAACCCCUGCGGAUGGCGCUCCCGCCCAGGCUCAAGUUGUCAUUCCUGAUGAGAUAGCCUAG